AUGCAUAAAAACAGCUGGCAGAAUAGAAGACAUGGGAGAAGGAGCAACCAGCAGAACCCUCGGUUCAGACAACAGGGUUCUGAUGAGAGGGGUAACUCAGUGACACGGCAAAGCUCACAGGAUUCUGGCCACGUCGGCGAUGACGAGGCCCCAUCGACCUCAUCCGGCACAGCUGGGAGUACCUCCGUGCCAGAUCUGCCAGGGUAUUACUUUGACCCUGAAAAGAAACGAUACUUCCGCUUGCUCCCUGGACAUAACAACUGCAACCCCCUCACAAAGGAGGGCAUCCGGCAGAAGGAAAUGGAAAGCAAAAGGCUGCAGCUGCUGGAGGAAGAAGACAAGCAGAAAAAGGUGGCCAGAAUGGGCUUUAAUGCGUCUUCAUUGCUACAGAAAAGCAAGCUCGGUUUUCUCAAUGUCACCAGUUACUGCCGUUUAGCUCAUGAGCUGCGAGUGAGCUGCAUGCAGAGGAAAAAGGUCCAGAUUCAGAGCUCGGAUCCCUCCGCUUUGGCAAGCGACCGAUUUAACCUCAUACUGGCAGAUACCAACAGUGACCGGCUCUUCACAGUGAAUGAUGUCAAAGUCGGAGGCUCCAAGUAUGGCGUCAUCAGCCUGCGAGGUCUGAAGGCCCCCUCACUCAAGGUGCAUAUGCACGAAAACCUCUACUUCACCAACCGGAAGGUAAACUCUGUGUGCUGGGCCUCGCUGAAUCACCUGGAUUCCCACAUUCUGCUCUGUCUCAUGGGCAUCGCAGAGACUCCGGGCUGCGCCACCCUGCUCCCAGCAUCACUGUUCGUCAGUAGUCAUCCAGCAGGAGACCGGCCUGGCAUGCUCUGCAGUUUCCGGAUCCCUGGGGCCUGGUCCUGUGCGUGGUCCCUCAACAUUCAGGCGAAUAACUGCUUCAGCACAGGCUUAUCUCGGCGGGUCCUAGUGACCAACGUGGUGACAGGACACCGGCAGUCCUUUGGGACCAGCAGUGAUGUCUUGGCCCAGCAGUUUGCUCUCAUGGCUCCUUUGCUGUUUAAUGGCUGUCGUUCUGGGGAGAUCUUUGCCAUAGAUCUGCGUUGUCGAAAUCAGGGCAAGGGCUGGAAGGCCACCCGCCUUUUCCACGACUCAGCAGUGACCUCUGUGCAAAUCCUCCAAGAAGAGCAAAACCUGAUGGCGUCCGACAUGGCGGGAACGAUCAAGCUGUGGGACCUGAGGACCACCAAGUGUAUAAGGCAGUAUGAAGGUCAUGUGAAUGAGUACGCCUACCUGCCCCUGCACGUGCACGAGGGAGAAGGAAUUGUGGUGGCAGUGGGCCAGGACUGCUACACAAGAAUCUGGAGCUUCCAUGACGCCUGCCUGCUCAGAACCAUACCCUCCCCACACCCCACCUCCAAGGCUGACAUCCCCAGUGUGGCCUUCUCUUCUCGGCUUGGGGGUUUCCGGGGAGCCCCAGGGCUGCUUAUGGCCGUCCAGCAGGACCUUUACUGUUUCUCCUACACCUAA